AUGGGUGCAGACGAAACAAAGCCACAAGACAAGACAGAAAGAAAAGAACCCACAGGACACGACGAAGACGAUGUCAUCGAGGUGGCCCUCACACCAGAGCAAGAAGCUGCCGCCCUCGAAGAAUCAAACACCCUGAAAUCAGAAGCGACAACCCUCUUUACAGCGUCCAGCUUCCAGGAUGCUCUAAACACAUACCUCUCCGCCCUCGCACCGCUACCCAAGAAGACACGCUUUCCCCGUGCAGUCCUCCACUCCAACAUAGCCGCAUGCAAUCUCAAACUAGAGGAAUGGAAAGACGCUAUUAAAAGUGCUUCCAGUUCUCUCGACGAGCUCAAAGAGUUCGAAGUCAGCUUGGAGCAGGAGAAGAAGGCAAAACCACAGGAAGAAGACGAAGCGGAUGAGGAGAUUGUGAGCUCGGGUGCUGAAACGGCGGCGCCUGUCCAGGACGCUGUCGAGAGGGACAUUCUCCGGAUACGCACAAAGAGUCUGCUCCGCCGCGCGAGGGCGUACUAUAACACCGACCCGCCGACGUGGCACUCGCUGUCCUCCGCGCAGUCGGACUACAACACGCUCCUCACGCUGCCCACCACCUUUCUCACGCCGUCGGAUCUGCGCACAGUCAAGACGCAGCUGCGAGACCUCGAGCCCCGCGUCAAGGUGGCGCAGGAGCAGGAGAUGGGCGAGAUGUGGGGAAAACUCAAAGAGUUGGGCAAUGGCAUUCUGAAGCCCUUUGGCAUGAGUACGGAUAAUUUCAAGAUGGUCAAGGACGAGAAGACGGGCGGGUACAGCAUGAAUUUUCAACAGAGCUAG